AUGAAACCUGAAGUUGAGCAAGAAUUGGCUCACGUCCUUUUAACAGAACUAUUAGCGUACCAAUUCGCUUCUCCAGUCAGAUGGAUUGAAACUCAAGAUGUCUUCUUAAAAGAUUUCAACACCGAAAGAGUCGUCGAAAUUGGUCCUUCCCCAACUUUGGCUGGUAUGGCUCAAAGAACUCUGAAAAAUAAAUACGAAUCUUAUGACGCUGCUUUAUCUUUACAAAGACAAGUUUUAUGUUAUGGAAAAGACGCCAAGGAAAUUUAUUACACCGCAGAACCAGCUCUCCAAGAAGCUAAGACUGAGGAGCCGGCCGCCACUACUCACGCUGCUACGACUCCAGCUCCUGUUGCUGCCCCGGUUGCUGCCCCAAUUGCAGCCCCGGCUCCUGCAGGUCCAGUCGCUGAGAUAUCUGAUGCUCCAGUCACUGCAUCCUUGUUAUUACAUGUCCUGGUUGCUCAAAAAUUAAAGAAACCAUUAGAAUCUGUGUCCAUGUCUAAGACUAUUAAGGAUCUUGUCGGUGGUAAAUCUACAGUUCAAAAUGAAAUUCUUGGUGAUUUAGGGAAAGAAUUCGGUUCCACUCCAGAAAAGCCUGAAGAUACACCAUUAGAAGAAUUAGCUGAAACUUUCCAAGACAGUUUUUCAGGAUCUCUUGGCAAACAAUCUUCAUCAUUACUAUCAAGAUUGAUUUCUUCAAAAAUGCCUGGUGGUUUUACAAUGACAAUUGCUAGGAAAUAUUUACAAACUAGAUGGGGUUUACCUCAAGGUAGACAGGACUCUGUCCUACUAGUUGCGCUAGCUAAUGAGCCAGCUGCUCGUUUAGGAUCAGAAAAUGACGCAAAAGCAUUUUUAGAUUCUAUGGCCCAGAAGUAUGCCUCUAUCGCUGGUAUCGAUUUAUCAGCUGCUUCAGCCGGUGCUGGCGGUGCCGGUGCGAGUGCAUCUGCUGGCGCCGCCAUGAUCGACGCUGCAUCUUUAGAUGAGCUAACUAAAGAUCACAAGGUCUUAGCACGUCAACAACUACAAGUCCUGGCUCGCUAUUUGAAAAUGGACUUGAACAGCGGCGAAAGAAAAUUAUUAAAGGAAAAAGAUGCUGUAUCUGAAUUACAAUCACAAUUAGAUUUCUUAACUCAAGAGUUAGGUGAAUUUUACGUCAGUGGUUUGGCUACUUACUUUUCCAGGAAGAAAGCUAGAGUUUUCGAUUCUUCAUGGAAUUGGGCAAAACAAUCUUUACUUUCUUUAUAUUUCGAAAUUAUUCACGGUGUCCUUAAGAAUGUUGAUAGGGAAGUUGUCAGUGAGGCUAUCAAUAUUAUGAAUAGAUCAAAUGCUGCUUUAAUUAAAUUUAUGGAAUACCAUGUCUCUCAUACCGACACUUCCAAGGGUGAAAAUUAUGAGUUGGCCAAAUCUCUAGGAAAACAACUGAUUGAAAAUUGUAUAGAAGUCCUUGAUGUUGACCCAGUCUACAGAGACAUUUCUAAGCCAACAGGUCCGAAGACUACCAUCGACAAAAAUGGUAACAUUAAAUACGUUGAAGAACCAAGAGAAAAAGUUAGAAAAUUAUCUCAAUACGUUCAAGAAAUGGCUCUUGGUGGUCCAUUAACCAAAGAAGCUCAAUCAACUAUAGAAGAAGAUUUAGCACGUGUUUACAAAGCUAUUCACGCUCAGGCUGACACAGAUGACGUUUCCGAUUCUACUAAAUUAGAGUUUGAGAGCUUGUACAGCAAAUUAGUUAAGUUUUUAGCUGAAUCCAAAGAAAUUGAUGCCACUCAGUCUACCAAAUCAGCCGGUGAAAUCGAUGAUGCACUAGAUAAGGAUUCCACAAAGGAGGUUGCAGCAUUACCAAAGAAAUCAACCAUUACACAAACUGUUUCCUCUACUAUUCCAAGGGAAACUGUUCCAUUCUUACACUUGAAAAAGAAGUUACCAGAUGGUUCGUGGAAAUACGACCGUCCAUUAUCCAAGUUAUUCUUAGAUGGUUUAGAAAAAGCUGCCAUCAAUGGUAUUACUUUCAAAGAUAAGUACGUUUUGAUCAGUGGUGCCGGUAAAGGUUCUAUUGGUGGUGAAAUUUUACAAGGUCUAUUACAAGGUGGUGCCAAAACUAUUGUUACUACCAAUACUUUCAAUAAACCUGUUAUGGAUUACUUCCAAGCUUUAUAUGCUAAGUAUGGUGCAAAGGGUUCCACUUUGAUUGUUGUUCCAUUCAAUCAAGGUUCAAAAACAGAUGUGGAAGCAUUAGUUGAUUACAUCUAUGAUGAUGAAAAGAAUGGUGGUCUAGGUUGGGACCUAGACGCCAUUAUUCCAUUUGCUGCUAUUCCAGAGAAUGGUAUUGAAUUGGAACAUAUUGACUCUAGAUCUGAAUUUGCCCAUAGAAUCAUGUUAACAAACAUUUAUAGAAUUAUGGGUUGCGUUAAGAAACACAAGUCUGCAAGAGGUAUCGAAACUAGGCCGGCUCAAGUUAUUUUGCCAAUGUCUCCAAACCAUGGUACUUUCGGUGCUGAUGGUUUAUAUUCUGAAUCUAAACUAUCAUUAGAAACAUUAUUCAACAGAUGGUAUUCAGAGUCAUGGGCUAACCAAUUAACCGUUUGUGGUGCAAUUAUUGGUUGGACCAGAGGUACCGGUUUAAUGAGUGCUAACAACAUUAUCGCUGAGGGCAUUGAGAAAAUGGGUGUUCGUACCUUCUCUCAAAAGGAAAUGGCCUUCAAUUUGUUAGGUCUAUUAUCUCCAGAAGUUUCAAUCUUAUGCCAAAAGGCUCCGGUUAUGGCUGAUUUGAACGGUGGUCUACAAUACGUUAAAGAUUUGAAAGAAUUUACACGUAAGCUACGUAGUGAUUUGACUGAAACUGCAGAAAUUAGGAAGGCUGUUUCUAUUGAAACCGCAUUAGAACACAAGAUUGUUAAUGGUGCUAAUGCUGAUGCCGCCUAUACAAAGGUUGAAGCUCAACCAAGAGCUAACAUUCAAUUAGGUUUCCCAACUUUGAAGCCAUAUAAAGAAAUUAAACAAAUUGCUGCUCCUGAAUUAGAAGGUAUGUUAGACCUGGAAAAGGUAAUCGUUGUUACCGGUUUCUCUGAAGUUGGUCCUUGGGGUUCAUCCAGAACCAGAUGGGAAAUGGAAGCCUAUGGCGAAUUUUCAUUGGAAGGUUGUGUCGAAAUGGCAUGGAUGAUGGGCUUAAUUAAGUAUCAUAAUGGUAACUUAAAGGGGCGUCCUUAUACUGGCUGGGUUGAUAGUAAGACUAAUGAACCUGUAGAAGAUAAGGAUGUCAAGAAGAAGUACGAAUCUUACAUUUUAGAUCAUUCCGGUAUCAGAUUAAUCGAGCCAGAAUUAUUCAAUGGUUAUAACCCAGAAAGAAAGCAAAUGAUCCAGGAAGUUAUUGUCGAAGAAGACAUGGAACCAUUUGAAGCCUCCAAGGAGACAGCUGAACAGUUCAAGCAUGAACAUGGUGACAAGGUUGAUAUAUUUGAAAUCCCAGAUACUGGUGAAUAUUCUGUUAAGUUAUUAAAGGGAGCUACUUUAUACAUUCCAAAGGCUCUAAAAUUCAAUCGUUUAGUUGCUGGCCAAGUUCCAACGGGUUGGGAUGCCAAGACAUAUGGUAUUUCAGAUGAUAUUGUUUCCCAAGUUGAUCCUAUUACUCUAUUCGUUUUAGUUUCCGUCGUUGAAGCAUUCAUUUCUGCUGGUAUUACUGAUCCAUACGAGAUGUACAAGUAUGUCCACGUCUCAGAAGUUGGUAACUGUUCUGGUUCUGGUAUGGGUGGUGUUUCUGCUCUUCGUGGUAUGUUUAAAGACCGUUACAAGGAUGAACCUGUUCAAAAUGAUAUCUUACAAGAAUCCUUCAUCAACACAAUGUCUGCUUGGGUAAAUAUGUUAUUGAUUUCUUCUUCUGGUCCAAUCAAGACACCAGUUGGUGCUUGUGCUACUGCUGUUGAAUCUGUUGACAAUGGUGUAGAAACUAUUUUAUCGGGUAAAGCCAAGAUCUGUAUUGUUGGUGGUUACGAUGAUUUCCAAGAAGAAGGUUCUUACGAAUUCGGUAACAUGAAGGCCACUUCAAACACAUUAGAAGAAUUCGAACACGGUCGUACCCCUGCCGAAAUGUCCAGACCUGCCACUACCACACGUUCUGGUUUCAUGGAAUCCCAAGGUUCUGGUAUUCAAGUUAUCAUGACGGCCGACUUGGCAUUAAAGAUGGGUGUUCCAAUUUAUGGUAUUGUUGCUAUGACAGCUACAGCUACUGAUAAGAUCGGUAGAUCUGUUCCUGCUCCAGGUAAGGGUAUCUUAACUACCGCUAGAGAACAUCAUGGUAGCUUCAAGUUCCCAACCCCAAUGCUAGACAUUAAAUACAGAAAGCGUCAAUUAAUUGCUCGUGAAGAACAAAUUAAGCACUGGGUUGAAAACGAGUUGGAAUUACUAAAAUAUGAAGUUGAUGGUGUUUCCGCUGAAGACAGAGAAGAAUUUUUCAUUGAACGUACCAAACAAAUCAAGCUGGAAGCUGAAAGACAAUUGAAGACAGCUCAAGCUCAAUGGGGUAAUGAAUUUUUCAAAAACGACGCACGUAUUGCACCAUUAAGAGGUGCCUUGGCUACUUAUGGUUUGACCAUUGAUGAUUUAGGUGUUGCCUCUUUCCAUGGUACAUCCACAAAAGCCAAUGACAAGAACGAAUCAGCAACUAUCAACGAAAUGAUGAGACAUCUUGGUAGAUCUGAAGGUAACCCAGUUAUUGGUGUUUUCCAAAAGUUCUUAACUGGUCAUCCAAAAGGUGCUGCAGGUGCAUGGAUGUUGAAUGGUGCAUUGCAAAUCUUAAACAGUGGUGUUGUUCCCGGUAAUCGUAAUGCUGACAAUGUUGAUAAAUUAUUAGAACAAUUUGAAUAUGUUUUAUACCCAUCUAAAUCAAUCAGAACUGAUGGUGUUAAGGCAGUUUCUAUAACAUCGUUUGGUUUCGGUCAAAAAGGUGGACAGGCUAUUGUCAUUCAUCCAGACUAUUUGUACGCUGCAGUUAAUGAAAGUAGAUACAAUGAAUAUGUUAAGAAAGCCAAUGAAAGAGAAAAAUUUGCAUAUCAAUACUUCCAUAACGGUAUGAUUCAUAACAAAUUAUUUGUCAGUAAGGAACAUGCUCCAUACACCGAUGAAUUAGAAGAAAGUGUUUACCUGGAUCCAUUAGCUCGUGUAACACCAAAUGUAAAGGAAAGUAACAAUUUAGUUUUUACUUCCAAGAGUAUUCAAAAUGCCGAUACUUUAACAAAGGAUUUACAAAACAAGCAAACUGCUUCCUUAGUCAAUGAACUAACCAAAGAAGCGCUCUCUAACAAUGCUAACAGUGGUGUUGGUGUCGAUGUUGAAUUAAUUCAAAGCAUCAACAUAGAAAAUGACACUUUUAUUAGCCGUAAUUUUACUGAAAAUGAGAUUGCAUAUUGCAGAGAUCAACCUUCCGUUCAAAGUUCCUUUGCAGGAACCUGGUCUGCUAAAGAAGCUGUAUUCAAGUCAUUGGGUGUGAAGUCGCAAGGCUCUGGUGCAGCGUUAAAGGAGAUUGAAAUUACCCGCAGUAACGGAAGUGCACCGGAAGUUUCUCUUCAUGGUCAUGCCAAGAAAUUAGCUCAAGAAGCUGGAAUUACUGACGUCAAAGUUUCCAUAUCACACGAUGACUUCCAAUCUGUUGCAGUCGCCAUCUCUACGAAGAAAUGA